AUGGAUACAAGUUGGAUAGAUCUACCCACUGGCCACCCUGAAUAUGUUGAUGGUUGUAUGCAAUUCAUUGCGUUUUCCAAGCAAGGUCUAUUCGAAGGAAAAAUUAGAUGUCCAUGUAAGAACUGUAAGGUGGAUAAAUGGUUCCCGGUUAAUGAUGUAGAGCGACAUAUUUUGUUUAAGGGGUUUUAUAAGUCGUAUAGAAAUUGGAUCUUUCAUGGUAAAGGGGAUAUGGUUCAACGUAUGUUAGGGAGUGAUGGAGGGAGUACUAGUGAAGGAUCCCUUGGUAAUCAAAGUGGGUUUGUAGGUCGAGAUAAUAUGGGAGGACUAUUAAGAUCAGAUUUUAGUGUUAAUGUGCCACCCAAUUUUCCAACUUUUGAAGCAAGAGAGGAUGGUGAAUGGACUGAGGAGCCCGUGUCAUACGACAAAGAUGUUCAAUAUGAUGAUUCUACAAUAGAAGAAGAUGCGACAUAUAAGAAGCUAAUUCAAGCUUCUGAGGAGAAAUUAUAUGAGGGGUGUACUAAUUUUUUAAAGUUAUCUUUUCUUCUACACUUAUUUCACUUGAAGUGUAUGCAUCACUGGUCCAUUGAAUCUUUCAAUAUGCUCUUGAAGCUGAUUUUAGAUGCAUUUCCUCAAAUACUUGAUUUUCCCUCGUCUUAUUAUUACAGUAAGAAAAUGAUAAAAGACUUGGGCCUUGGGUAUGAAAAAAUUGAUGCUUGUCCUAAUGAUUGUAUGCUGUAUUGGGGUGAAUUUUUAGAGAAAGACAAGUGUCAUGUUUGUGGUAAAUCGAGGUGGAAAACAACCAAGGGUAAGAAGGGUGACGAUGUAAGUGAUCAAGGUACGAAUACUUGUAAGAAAGGUGUGCCAGCUAAGGUAAUGCGAUAUUUUCCUCUUAUCCCAAGACUAAAAAGAAUCUACAUGUCAUCAGAAAUAGCAGAAGAUAUGAGAUGGCAUGAUACAGAGCGAUUGGGUGAAGAUGAUAAGAAGAUUUUGAGGCAUCCUUCCGAUGCCUUAGCGUGGAAGGCAUUUGAUGAGCGUUAUACAGAUUUUGCAUUAGACCCUCGUAGUAUCCGACUAGGUCUUGCAAGCGAUGAAUUUAAUCCUUACCGUUUAAUGAACACUACUUAUAGGACAUGGCCAGUGGUGUUGAUUCCUUAUAAUCUUCCACCAUGGCUAUGUAUGAAACCAUCUUCUUUCAUUUUGUCCACACUUAUUCCCGGAAAAGCAAGUCCUGGAAAUGAUAUUGACGUGUAUUUGCAACCAUUAGUUCAUGAGUUGAAAUUGCUGUGGGGAGGGGUUGAAGCUUUUGAUGCUUUUGACGGAGUGAAAUUUAAUUUGCGCGCGGCUCUGCUUUGGACUAUUAAUGACUUUCCUGGCUAUGCAAUGCUCUCUGGUUUGAGCACAAAAGGUUACAAUGCAUGUCCUAUAUGCAUGGAUUCCACACCCUCUGAUAGAUUUGGGAACAAGAUUUGUUAUUGUAGCUAUAGAAAAUGCGGCACUGAUAUAUUGAGGCAACAAGAAAAGGCCGAGUAUGUUUAUGGAAAGUCAAAGGCACCACCGAAAAAGAGACAAAGAGGACAUACUGAUAACAAUGAUGUCCAAGAUGAAAUUGUCUUUGGUACCACGAGAAGCAUAUUCUUUGAUUUGGUGUAUUGGGAGCAUAAUCUUCUAAGGCAUAAUUUAGACGUUAUGCACAUUGAGAAAAAUGUGUUUGAGAAUCUUUUGGGAACACUUCUUAGUAUGGAUAAGAGUAGAGAUAAUAGGGAUGAUCGAGAAGUCCUUGAAGCAUGGAGAAUAAAGACUCACCUUUGGCUUAGUGCUGAUCAUAAUGGAAAUGAAUACAUGCCUCCAGCUUCCUAUUCUAUGUCUAGGGAGGAAAAAGAGAGAUUCUUAAAUGUUUUGCAGAAACUUAAAGUUUCGGAUGGAUAUGGAUCCAACCUUUCUAGUUGUGUGAAUAUGAAGCAAAGGAAGUUGAUUAACCUCAAGAGUCAUGACAACCAUGUUCUAAUGCAAGAUAUCUUCCCCGUCGCCUUAAGAGCUUCUAAUGCUACAAAGGUUAUUGACUUGUUGGCUAGAUUGUCUUCGUUUUUCAAGAAGUUGUGCUCCACCAGUAUUGAUCCAGAUGAUUUAGAUGGUCUUCAAGAUGGAAUUGUUUUAACUCUUUGUCAGUUGGAAAUGGAGUUUUUGCCUUCAUUUUUCACAAUCAUGGUCCAUUUGCUGAUUCACUUAGUGGAGGAGGUUAAACUUGGUGGACCAGUACAAUACAGAUGGAUGUAUCCCAUUGAAAGGUAUUUGUCCCAUUUGAAGUCACAUGUAACCAAUAAAGCCCAACCUGAAGGAUCUAUUGCGGAAGGCUACCUUUUAGAGGAGACAAUUAGGUUUUGCUCGAGAUAUCUUCAAGGUGUUAAGACCAUAUUCAACAUGUCUAAAAGGAUGGAUGAUGACAUUUCAAAUUCUGAUGAUUACUUAUUUAAUUCCGGCGGUCGAGUCAUUGGAAAGGAGGUCAACAUUUGCCUUGAUGGUCAAAGCUUAAAACAAGCCCAUCGCUACGUUUUACUUCACUCUGAUGAGAUCAAAGGGGAUCUAGAUGAAUUUUUAACCGAGAAGCGUCAAAUGAACUUAGAAACUUCCGUCGCGGAGAGUGAUGAAAGUAAAUGGAUCAUCAAUGAAUUUGGAGGGUGGCUGCGAAACAAGGUACAUUUCAUAGAUGCAACCACCGAAGAUGGGAAACUAAGAAAAGCUUUGGCGGGUGGUUUGCAUUCUUAUGGUAGAAAAUUAAAAGGAUACGUAAUCAAUGGAUACAAAUUCCUUUCCACUGAUCGCGAUUGUCGUCAUUUGACACAAAAUUCUGGAGUUAUGGUUGAAGCGGAUGGAGUGGAAUACUACGGAAAAGUGAUGGAUAUCUAUGAAUUAAAUUACUAUGGAGAUUAUAAAGUUGUAUUGUUUCGUUGUGACUGGGUAGACAUUCGUAGGGGUGUAAGAACAUAUCCAAACGGCGGAGUAUGUGUCAAUUUCUCUAAAUUGAUGCAUACUAGACGAUUAUUGCAAGAUGAUCCAUUUGUAUUCUCAUCUCAAGCAAAACAAGUCUUUUACAUAGAAGAUGAGAUACAAAAAGGAUGGUUCCAUGUUGUUAAGAAUAAGCCUAGAGAUUUGUUUGAUUUAGGUGAUUCUUUACCAGUAGCGGAAGAGGGUGGGGCCAAUUGA